AUGUCUGCCACAGGGGAUCGGGAUCUGCCCCAAGAAGGCCAAGAAGGCCUGGCAAGCCUGGCGGGAGACCAUGCCGAGGCAGCUGAAGCUGACAGUGAGGUAGGCCGCCACCUUGGCUCUGAGGGGGGCGAAGUGGCGCCUGCAGCCGGGGAGGCCGGGUUUGCAGGGCCCGAGGGAGGCCCCGGAGAAGAGGCAGAGGAGAGAGUGGAGGGGGAGCAGGAGGAGAUAGUGGCCGGAUCCGAGGGGGACUCUGAUAUCGGGCCGGCUGAUGAAGAGGAGUACCUGGCAGCUGCGGUGAGGGGUAUGGACGUGAUGGUGGACGCACGUCGCUUCCCCAUGGCGGGCUUCCGGUGGAUGUUCCUGGACUUGGUCCACUCACUCCUCCACCGCGUCUACUACAACGAUCACAUCCUGGUCCGGCCCCACAGAGGCCGCAUGAUUGUGAGGCGUGAGACCCCUGCGGCCGCCGACUCGGAUGAGCUCCCAGUGCUCCAGGUGCCUGAGCUGCCCAGGGUCAGGCCCGCAUUCAACUUGGGCGAAGGCGACGUGCCCAGCCUGCCCUCGGUCGUGGCCAUUCAAGACCUCGAGGACGCUGUGGUGGCCCAAGUAUCUGAGGAGGCCAAAGAUGGCGCCACGGCAGCCGCGAAGCCUGCAGAGGAGGCCGCAGGGGGAGCUGUGGAGGAGGCCGCGGGGAGCGCUGCACAGGACGCUGCGGAAGAAGCUGCAGAAGGGGCCGCAGGCCCAGAGGGUGAGAACUGGGCAGAGCGCUGGGAGGCCAGGAGCCUGCGGCUUUGGGCUCGGGAGGGUUCUGGGUUGGGCAGAGGUGACCAGCACACUCCCCGGCCCUGCUGGACGCAGACUUCCAGUGGGGAAGCGGCGGGUUGCGUCCUUUCCAAAUGUUCCUGA